AAGAAAAUCAAUCAGUAAAAAUGACUACUUCAUGGAGUGACCGGCUACAAAAUGCAGCAGAUCUUCCUGCAAACAUGGAUGGCCAUGCUCUGAAAAAGUACCGUCGGGAAGCAUAUCACCGGGUUUUUGUGAAUAGAAGUCUAGCCAUGGAAAAAAUAAAGUGCUUUGGAUUUGAUAUGGAUUAUACUUUAGCUGUGUAUAAAUCUCCAGAAUAUGAAUCCCUUGGAUUUGACUUGACAGUUGAACGGUUAGUUUCAAUUGGAUAUCCUCAAGAGCUGCUUAGUUUUGUCUAUGAUCCUACAUUCCCUACCAGAGGCCUGGUAUUUGAUUCUCUUUAUGGAAACCUGUUAAAAGUUGAUGCCUAUGGGAACAUCCUAGUGUGUGCACAUGGCUUUAACUUUAUGAGAGGGCCAGAAAUACGAGAACAGUAUCCUAAUAAAUUCAUUCAGAGAGAUGAUACUGACAGGUUUUACAUUUUAAACACACUGUUCAACUUACCAGAGACAUAUCUGUUGGCUUGUCUGAUUGAUUUCUUUACUAACUGUGACAGAUAUGCAAGCUGUGAAACAGGAUUUAAAGAGGGAGAUCUUUUCAUGUCCUUCAGGAGUAUGUUCCAGGAUGUGAGAGAUGCUGUGGACUGGGUUCAUUAUAAGGGCACACUUAAGGAGAAGACAGUUGAGAAUCUAUACAAGUAUGUGGUGAAAGAUGGAAAGCUUCCACUGCUGCUGAGUCGCAUGAAUGAGGUGGGAAAGGUGUUUCUUGUCACAAACAGCGAUUAUAAAUAUACUGAUAAAAUUAUGACAUAUCUGUUUGAUUUUCCACAUGGACCAAAGCCAGGUAGCUCUCAUCGACUGUGGCAGUCUUAUUUUGAUCUCAUCCUUGUGGAUGCACGCAAGCCUCUUUUUUUUGGAGAAGGCACAGUCCUGAGGCAGGUGGACACAGUUACUGGCAAGUUGAAAAUUGGAACUUACACAGGUCCUUUGCAGCAUGGCAUUGUCUACUCUGGAGGCUCCUCUGAUACAAUAUGCGAUCUUCUGGGAGCCAAAGGCAAAGACAUCUUAUAUAUAGGUGACCAUAUAUUUGGAGACAUUUUGAAGUCCAAAAAACGCCAAGGUUGGAGAACUUUUUUAGUGAUCCCAGAACUGGCACAAGAACUUCAUGUCUGGACAGACAAAAGCUGCCUUUUUGAAGAACUUCAGAGUCUAGACGUCUUUUUGGCUGAACUAUACAAGCAUUUGGAUAGUAGCAGCAAUGAACGUCCCGAUAUCAGUUCCAUCCAGAGGCGUAUUAAGAAAGUGACUCAUGACAUGGAUAUGUGCUAUGGAAUGAUGGGAAGUUUGUUCCGAAGUGGUUCCCGACAAACGCUGUUUGCUAGUCAAGUGAUGCGGUAUGCAGAUCUCUAUGCUGCAUCUUUCAUCAACCUCUUAUAUUAUCCUUUCAGUUAUCUCUUCAGAGCCGCCCACGUGCUGAUGCCACACGAGUCAACAGUGGAGCACACCCAUGUGGAUAUCAAUGAGACUGAAUCCCCAAUGGCUACCCGUAAUCGCACUUCAGUGGACUUCAAAGAUUCCGACAAACGGCAUCAGCUCACCCGAUCUGUUAGUGAGAUUAAACCACCCAAUCUCUUCCCUCAAACACCCCAAGAGAUUACACAUUGCCAUGAUGAGGAUGAUGAUGAGGAAGAAGAAGAAGAGGAAGAAGAGGAAGAAUAGAAAAUACUUGCAUUAAAUGUGGCUAUAGCAGGAAUUGGCAGGAACUGAUUCCCCCCAGGUGGGGAAUAACACACAAGCAAGCAAACAAAAACGAAUCAGGAGCCCUUUAUCUUUAGCAAGCUUAUUCCUUGCAGACCUAUUUCAAAUAUACAAAAAAUGUGCUGGCUGAAUUAAGACCACAUAUAGAUAGCCCAAAUGCAUCCCCCCCAACACACACACGUAAAAAGGAAGGCUUGUUUUUUUAUUUCUCUACUUGUUCAUUUCAUUAAAAUGGCCUCUCAGGCAGGAAGGUUUCCAUGACCUGCAGUUAUCACAGCAAUUAUAGUCUUUUGACCCUUUAGGGAGGGCGUCAUCUCUCUCUGCACUCAAUCCUGUAUGUGUAAAAAUGGGAGUAUUUUCAGGGUUCAGUUCAUCCAGUCAAGCAUCGUCCUCUGCCUUUGCUCUACUGCUUUCCAGCUUCUACUCAUUUUUAUACUUUAUGAUUUAUGAAAUGAAUUAUCAUCUGUUCUUGGAUGUCUGAUAGGUAGUUUUCUGUGGCUGAAAUUUGAAAGCUUUAUCAUUCUGAUGGAGGUAUGUGCUGCCUGGAACCUUCUGGAACCUUCUAAAAUGGGUCCUUAUGCCAUGUGCUUAUUCUUUGCCCUGAACAUUUCUACUGGGGAGAUCUAUGCUUUUUAUGCUCAAUUUUAUGGGACAAGGAAAAGAAGAGGUUGUUUUGUAUGCGUGCACGACCUCAAAGAAAACAAACACUCAUAUAGUCCAGACAAAGAAAAUUACAAUCUCAAAAAAGGAAGUUUUAUUUGCACCUCUUUUCAUUACCUUAUUAUUGCUAAAAAUUUAGCUCUGUGUCAGAGUGAGAUUCUUUUUUUUUUCAGCUAGCAGCCGCUUGGCUCACUCCUACAGAGUUGAAAUACAUGGCAGCAAAUAGUUCCAGAGUCUUUACAAAAAAGAACACCUUCAACAGGAUGUCCUUAUUGGGACACUCUGUUUUUACCUCCAUUCCAAGAAUGAGACUCAAUGAAGGUCAGCUUCAUUAUAUUUGUAAAAGGCUCUGAGGGCCUGGCUUGUUGUCGUAUUAAUUAGUUCAGGCUGUUAAAUCAAAGCACAUUUCCUGAUAGUUACUCUCUAGUGCAAGGGUUUCUUUUUCAUAUAAAUAAGCAGUUUCCUGGAGCGUAAACAUACCUUUUACCAUUCUGUGCCAUUGGUGUGUAUAGAAGACAAAAAAGAGGCCCUAUUUUAAAAUAUUGGAAUUUUUAUUUUGAAUCAUUUAAUAGUAGUUAUAUUCCAUUACUACACACACUGAAUUGCAAAUCAGCAGGAUAAGCUGGUACUGCUCUGACAGAUCUGCAAAUAAAAAAUUAUAUUCAUAAGCAGCUUUCAUGUGUUUCUGAAAAGAUGCAAAAAGGUAAAGUCAUCAGUGUUAGACUGGCUAAUCAAAAGUUUUAUAAGCAAGUUUAAAGAUACGUGAAUAACAUCUAAUCCAGGGAUAAUAACCAUUAUGAAAAGUACAGGUGUUUCAGAAAUUGUAGAGCAAUUCUGGGAAAUUCAGCUCCCAUUAUCUAUACCUCAUUGCAUUCCACUGUAACUUGAUGGCAAUGGUGGGUAAUUUGGAUUUCGUCCAGAGGUUAAUCUUGGAAUAGAAAUGAAUACCUGCAGCAUAAGGAGCUACCUAUUAUCAGUGCAAUCAGAAUUGGAAGAGGCUGCCCUUAGGCAACAGAUCAAGGUGAUCUUAGCAUUCCAACAACCCACUUAACCAAUUGCAUUCCCCACCGUUAUUUCCCGUUUUGUGUUGUGGACUUCAGCCUUGUGAACCAGCACUUACAGUAGUUGCCCCAUCAAUAAUUGCACCAUGAUGUUGCAGUCAUCUUGUCUUAGUUUGGAAAAAAGAGCUUUUAAUUGCUCUGGUAGUAAGUAUAAUCAGUACAACUACUACCUUUAUUUAUGAAAGAUAUUAUUUACAAUGGUAGCAAGCGUUUUCAGCACCUCACUCAAAUUUGUCCUUAACAUUUUGAUAGGAAGGAAGAUGAUCAAAAAAGUGGGGGAAUGCUAGAAGGCGGCAUUUGUUGCCAGUAGUAUCACAUAUUUUAGACCUCCAGAGCAGAUUUGAGGAUACCAGAGAUACAGAAAAAAGAAUCCAAUUGUGGCAAUGGAGACUAAGUCCUGCAAGUCCAAACAUAGCCCAUUGUUUGUUCUGGUCUUAAAUAUAUACCUUAUAGAUUUCCUCAAUAAAUCUGAACG